AUGGGGGAGCGGAGGAUGGGGGAGCGGAGGAUGGGGGAGCGGAGGAUGGGGGAGCGGAGGAUGGGGGAGCGGAGGAUGGGGGAGCGGAGGAUGGGGGAGCGGAGGAUGGGGGAGCGGAGGAUGGGGGAGCGGAGGAUGGGGAGCGGAGGAUGGGGAGCGGAGGAUGGGGAGCGGAGGAUGGGGAGCGGAGGAUGGGGAGCGGAGGAUGGGGAGCGGAGGAUGGGGAGCGGAGGAUGGGGGAGAGGAGUCAGCGGAGGGAAGGAUGUGGUCAGCGGAGGGAAGGAUGUGGUCAGCGGAGGGAAGGAUGUGGUCAGCGGAGGACAGGGUGUGGUCAGCGGAGGACAGGGUGUGGUCAGCGGAGGGAAGGAUGUGGGGAAGGAUGUGGUCAGCGGAGGGAAGGAUGUGGUCAGCGGAGGGAAGGAUGUGGUCAGCGGAGGGAAGGAUGUGGUCAGCGGAGGGAAGGAUGUGGUCAGCGGAGGGAAGGAUGUGGUCAGCGGAGGGAAGGAUGUGGUCAGCGGAGGGAAGGAUGAGGUCAGCGGAGGGAAGGAUGUGGUCAGCGGAGGG